AUGGCUACAAAGGGAGUGUGCAGUUUGGUCAGUGGAUCAACGAGUCAAACAGUCUGGACUCUCCCAAUCACAACAAAGUUAGUCCUAUAUCUCCGCUUAUUCGUAUCGGCUACAGAGGGGAUGAAGACCGUACUGAGCCUCACCAACGACAAAGUCUUGGAGCUGGGUCUGCGGUGUCUGUCUGUGUAUACAAGCAUGCGAGCGUCGUACAUGAAGCAGAUGGCAGAGGCUAGGAAAGCCACGGAACGCCGACGGUCUAUCGACCAUGAGAUGACACUCAAGUGGAGCGAGGCGGAUCACAAGCGGUUGCGCGCUGCCCAGGAGAGCUGGUAUGGUGUGUGUUGGUAG